UCCUCUCCGCAAAACAUCCACCACCCAAUAUGGCCGUGUCGACUGACGCUGCACCCCAGCCCAAGGCGCCCCGCCCGCGCUGGGUCCUGCACAUCCAGGCCCAGUUUUGGCGCGUCCUAAUGGCCAUCGGCAUGGUGCUGCAUCGCCUGGCCCGCCCGCUGCCCCCACGACCCGCCUUCCAUAGAGAUAUCGAGGCCACCGUGUCGCCCAUCAAGGGCAAGUUCCGCCUCCACUUCUACGUGCCCAAAGACUACAAGCGCUACAAGAAGCUCAAGGGCACCAAGCGCUACCCCGUCGUCGUCAACUUCCACGGCGGAGGCUUCGUCCUCGGAACCGCCCACGACGAUGCUCGCUGGUGUGGCGUCGUGGUAGACCAGGUCGGCGCCGUGGUCGUAAGCGUCGACUAUCGUCUUGCACCCGAGUACCCCUUCCCCACCGCUGUAGAAGACGGUGCCGAUGCGUUGCUGUGGCUGGCCCAACACGCUGAUGAAUUGAUGCUCGACGCCGAUCGCUUCGCCAUCUCAGGCUUCUCGUCGGGCGCCAACAUGAGCUUUACCGUCCCACUGUGUCUGCAGGGCGAGCUGUUUGAUCGCACUCCCUCCGGCACCAGGAUUGUGGAUGAACGCGCAGGCAGCCUGCCACCCUACGCUUAUAGCCACACGCUCACCCCAGCCGGCUCCCGUGUCCCGCUCGUGCGCCAACAGUCGCGCCUCGACAGAAUCGCCAUUCUCCGCAAGACUGGCUCGUCCUCGCUGUCUCUCAUCACCUCGUACAAGGACUCUUCGGGCGUCUCCGUCAUGUCGGAAGGAUCCAACGCUGUCCUCAAAAUCAGAGGCGUAGUAUCCUUCUACCCUCCCACCGACUACACACAAACGCGCGCACAGCGUCGAGCAACUUGUGUCAGGGUCGACCAGAAUCUCCCUGCCGUCUUUACAGAUCUCUUCGACGACUCGUACCUGCAACCGCCCUCGCUUGACCUCUCCCACCCGUGGCUGAGUCCGGGUGUAGCCCCAAAUCACAUGCUUCACGCUCUGCCCGACGACAUUGUCCUCUUCUGCUGCGAAUGGGACAUGCUCCUUGCCGAAGGGGAGCGCUUUCGCGACCGCCUUCAAAAAGACCUUGGAAAGCGUGUCCAUUACCACUGUGUUCCAGGUGUCCCGCAUGCCUGGGACAAGGCCCCGAAUCCUUUAAGAGAGAGCCCUGGUGCAAGACAGCAGUACAUGGUUGCCUGUAAAGAAUUGAAACGCAUGUUCGACAUUGAAGAGGAAGAGGAUGAUGCCCAGUCACAGCAUCAAGACAUGCCAUGCAGGCAGUAUCACCGGAGUAUGGACGCCAGCAAUCUGCAUUUGACUGCAUAUCAGCAGGUCUAACCUAGUCUUUUUUUUCGCUUUCCAUGGCUCUGUGAGUCUUCUGAAAGCUGUGUUUGAAGGCGUUGUAACCCAAAAUUUCUGUUGUUAUGAAUCUGAUGAUUGUAUUCUUGGCAGCUUUAUUCUACAAUGACAUGUAUUUUAUGUUUUUUUUUUCUCCACCAAGAUUCGCCAAGGGCUGCGCAAUGCUUGAUUCCUUACCGCAGUCUACUGUAUGCUAGAUCAAAAUAU